AUGCUCCAAGCGGAGGUUGCCCUCGAGGCAUGGUCCCUGAUUCAGCCGAGCGGCACGAGCGCGCCUGCCCCCGUGCUUGGUGCGAGUUUGCCACAUCUCGAUCGUCUUCAGCUCAGUGACGACGGUUUCAACCAGGCCAUCUCGAUCUGCUCUGCCCCACAGAUUGGCACCACAGGAGAUGUUGAGUUUCUGAGCUUCUGGCGGGCCCUCGGCGAGGCAAAAUGCUCUCACGGCAAGUCGUACAGCGAAGGGCCAGUGUCUGAAGCUCUUGAGACCGAUGACAUGCUCACAUCUGAAGGAAUGGGUCCCGAUCGAGAUCGCCUUAUCCGCGAGCUCGAGGAAGUGCGUGAUGAGCUCCUGGAUCGCUUUGAGGCUGGCCCUGGGCUCCCAGAGCUGCCUGCGACUGUGCUCAGAGACGUGGUCAAGUCCAUUCGCCAGCGAUCCGUGGCUCCCGAGUUUUGGGGCCAUUUGCUCGGCGAGAUUUGUAUUGACCAAGGUGUGCUCAGCGUGUCAGAAGUGACCAUGGUGCUUCUCACCUGGCUCCGCGAGGCAGCCGGUUGGCAGCCAAUCGAGCCCUCGAGAACCGUCUCAGGAACCGCUUCGGCCUCGGCCACUUUGGCCACUUCGGCCACUUCGGCCUCGGGAUCUGAGGACCAGGAGCUGACGAUGCUCGCCGGGCAUCUCCGGCAGGCUCUGGAUCUGGGCAUGGGGCCUUCACCUCCGCCAAUGGCUGAGAGCAUGUACGCCAGCAAGGGGCUAGGUCUGCGGCGUCCGGACGUGGACUCCUUGGCUGCGGAGGCCUUGGACCAGGUCGAGGCCGAGGCUUUGGGCGAUUCUGAUCCGCCUGUCGCUCAAUCGGGGAAGAGCAACGGUUCUGGAUAUGCAGAUGUUGAGAAAGCAAACAUGCGGACUGCGAUGCUCAGCUUGAGCGCAGACAUCCGUGCCGGUGGUGGGGCUCCAGAGUGCAAGGCCGGAUGGAUGCGCUCGGCAAUGCUACCGUUGACACCGAGUCCAGGAGCACCUGAGCCUCCGGCCACUCAGCCGACCUGUGGCACCCAGGAGGACGGUACAACUCUGACGAGACCUCUGAUCGCAAGCCUCGACAAGGAAGACGUGGAGCAUUUGAGAAGGCUUCGCCAAUUCUCGGACUCGGACCUACGCCAUCCUUGCGCAGGUGAAGUCGCGGAGAAACCAGCAAGAGAGCGUGCCUUCAUUAGAUCGGCAAUGCUGCCCUUGUCCACGACGGGCUUCAGUGGCGAGGUGGAUGCUGGCUGGCCUGUGUUCGUGCACAUCUACGAUGUGACACAAGAAGUUGGUAUACGGCGUUUAAACAAGGUCUUGGCGAACAAGCGUUUGCCCGUUAAGUUUGGAGGCGUAUUCCAUGCAGGUGUGGAGGCUUACUUCCUCAGAGCAGGCGGCCUUCCCGACGAUGGCAUCGCCUCGAAGCCACCUAUGGGCUACAACUCCUGGAAUGACUUGGAGUGCCGGCCGUCGGAGGCGAAGCUUAAGGCCAUUGCAGACAAGAUCGAGCACGUGGGCCUGCUGGCGCUGGGAUACGAGUAUAUCGUUGUCGAUGACUGCUGGAUGAUCAGCCGAGCUGCAGAUGGCACAUUGAUGGCAGAUCGCAAGGCCUUUCCGUCAGGCAUGAAGGAAUUGGGCGAUUACCUCCAUGGCCUGGGCUUCAAGUACGGAAUCUACACGGACCGAGGCUACAAGACUUGUGCGAGCCGACCCGCAUCCAUGGGCCACGAAGCAGAGGAUGGCAGGCUGUUUGGUUCUUGGGGUGUCGACUUCGUAAAGAACGAUGGCUGCGUAGAUCCUGAGUGUGGAGACACGAUGGAAGGCUAUCCCGAGUCGGGAAAGUGCGACGACAAGGGAAAGCGUGCCGCUCUGCGCAAGUAUCGCCUCUUGGCGGAAGCGCUGAACCAGAGUGGUCGACCAAUUGUGCACUCCAUUUGCGGAUGGAAUCCAUGGUAUGCGCCGGUGGGACGACAAAUUGGACACCUUUGGCAUCUAUGUAGGUCUGUCAGAGUGUGCUUGCAUGCUCACCCUACGUUGUUUGGCUCUAUGCUUACAUGGUUAGUUGCGCCAGUGCUUCUUUCCUACUACAGCUUCGGAGAAGCAGUGGAGCUGCACAAGUACGCUGAGGAUGCCCCAGGAAGGAGGCAUGUGAGCGGUCCAGAGGCUCCAGCCCUCCUCCGUUCAGAGCGGCGGGCGAUAGCAGUCUCAGAUCAAGGAGAGCCCAGUGGCCUAAACGAAGAGCUUCUGCAGUUGGAGAGCGAGGUUAGCUCCUACGAGAAGUCUGCUGCAGAAGAUUCCGCCGUAGAGAGUGAUGAAGAUGCCCCAAAAGUGGUGGCAUGUGCAGGAACUGUCCAAGGAGCAGUGCCGCAGGGUUUCGAGUACCCUGAGAACUACCCCAGCGAUCCAGCUUGGACUGUGAAGGACAUCUGGAACAGCAACAAGCGUGGUUUCUAUGGCCCUGGUGUGGCGAAUGCUAGAUAUGCUGCGGUCACACUUGCAGAGCAUCAGCCAAUGGGUGGCUACUACUACAUAGUGUUUGGAGACCGGCUCCCGAAUCAAACGGCAGAGAUGAAGCUUGAUCUUCCUAUGAGCGACUGCGAGUUCGGAGAUGCGGCGAAGGUCUACAUGCGGACGGGCUCACGCCCAGACUCCGAACCACGGGCCUCCGGAAACCUUACCACGACAUGGAAUGGAACGACCUGGCGGCUCUACGAGAACCCUGCAGCACCUCGUCCAGCUCCCAAGGAGGAAGAAGAAGAGAGUACGAUCUUCCCAUUCAUCAAGUUUCCGUCUCUGGAUGCGGCAUCGAACUUGACGACCAAGCAUCCGGACCACACCGCGUUCGCAAACAAGACUCCGGAGGAGGCAGUUCCUCCCGACCCCUUCGUCAUCAAGAUCAAGGGCUUGUCGGCCCCGGCCACCACCACGGGCGAGGCUUCCCUCCACAACGACGUGUCCCAGAUCAAGCAGACGUUGCAGGAAGUGUGGCAAGAGAUCCAGACCUUGAAGCUCGCCGGCGGGAACGUGGAAGGUUUGUCGGACAACAUACCUUCCGGCUUCGACCCGGAGGAGGAUGUGGUGAACAUCAAGGACCUGUACCUCGCUGGCCGGCUGCAUCCCAAGAAGGGGCAUUUCCAGAUCGAUGCCGAUGGAAGUUCCAGCAUCCACGAAGAUGGAGUGAAUCUGCGUCUGGAUCCGGGCACCUUCCCCUCGCCACUCAGCGGGGACAACGAUCUCUACAUGAACCUGGCGGGCUACUCCUGCAGCAAGUUCUGGGGAACGCUGCGCAUCACCAAAGACCGGCCGGAGGGCGCCAAAGGGAUCACCUUCUUUGCCUUCCAGGAUAACAAGACCGUCGCGUCGGUGCUCGUGGGCGGCAAGGUGAAGCGAGACUUCGGCUUUCAGUAUCGCUUGAAUCCGAAAGCCAACAACAUGACCAUCCGCGUUCAUGACCAUGGCACUCCGGACAAGGACUUCUUCGAGGUCGAGGCUUACUUGAGCUGCAAGGUGGAUUGUGGCGGGCGGGCCCUGGACACGGACAGUGGCUCAUGUGAGAGCUUGGCCCACGAUCAGGUCCGCUGCGAGUUGGCAGCGGAUCCUCACGGCCGGCCUUGUCAAUGGAACGGUGCUUCCUGCCUGAGCAUUGCCUCGGGCAGAUGCUCCCGCGAGACGCUUUGCUUUGAGGUCUUGGAUGGCUAUUCUGAGUGCACCUCUCGAAAUGAGGGGUUCCAAUCCUGCGCACAGCGGACCAAUGAAAAGGGGACGCUCUGUGGGUGGAAAGAUCGGGAGCAGAAGUGCUUCACAUCCACGUUCAAUUGCAAGGCUCUGGAGCACUGCUGUGCCCUGCUUCUGUUGUGUAUAGCGAACUUUCUCGCACAUGCCAGUAAAGAGGUCAGCGAGGGUACCUUGGCUUGGUGCCAGGAGAAACAGGGAAUGUCCGAGGAGUUAACGGUCGAGCACGAGUGUGUGACCGCUGAUGUGCGUGACUGGAAAGGCGUGUAUGAAGCAGCCCGCGUCAUGGAAAAGCUCAGCCUCUACCACGGCCCACAUGGCUGGAAUGAUCCAGACAUGCUCAUCGGAAGCAGUCAGGGUGCCAAGCUCUUGCUCACUCCUGCCCAAUCCAGAGCACAGUUUUCGCUGUGGGCAGUCAUGUCGGCGCCACUCAUGCUGGGGGCCAACGUGCUCAAACUGACCGACUUCGAUCUCGAGACCUACAGUAAUGCAGACGCAAUACGCAUAAACCAAGAUGCGCUGUUCGAAUCAGGACGAGUCGUUCAUUCCAAUUGUCCCGACUAUCCAUCUUUUCGGACAGGUGUGAAGCCAGAUGGAAGUCCACUCUUCGAGAUCUUGUGGCCUGAUGGAGGAGUCAAUUGUGGCAGACAUUAUGCCAAGACCUGUGCAUUGUGCAGUAGCCACGGCCGCGACGACUGCUUCGGCGAUUGUGAAUGGCGGUCACCAGGCAACAAGCCGCCCGCAUGCCUCCCCGCAUACAAGAACGACACCGCCAAGACCGAAGUGGUCUGUGGUAAUCACAAGGCCGCGAGCUGCGCAGACUGCCCUCAAGGCCAUGGAAGGACAUGGUGCAAUAAAGACUGCUUCUGGUUCGACGAGGGCAGCUGCGUGCCUUCCUCGAACCCGGGGCAGGCACGCAUCGAAGACCGUUGGCAUCCCUGGACAGUUUCCAUUUUCCAUGCCGAGGACAAGCGGCAAUGCCAGAUAGUGUGGGCCAAGACGCUAAGUGGCGGUUCAACAGCGGUUGCAGCCGUGAACUUUGCAAAGACUCCUGCGAACCUGGUGUUGCCCCUUUCCUCGGUGCUGAAGCCUUGGCAGGCUGGUGUGCUGGUUCGAAACCUGUGGUACGGCGAGGAACGGGUAGAGGAGACGAGCCUGAAUCUGCAACUGGAGGCAGAGGGUGGCCAUGAGCUGCUCGAGCUGCUGGAUCCGGACAAUGCACCUGUCAACACUGCCGCGAGGAGGGAACGGCCAAGGCCCAGCAGGCGGAAGAAAGCGACCGUCAAGUCACGCUCACCUUUGACUGAGCAGGUCCAUGAGGUGUCGGCUCAAUCCACAGAGCCUGCCACAGACGGCAGCCUGGAGGCGCUGCUUGCCCGAGCACCACGGUCGGCUUUAGAAGAUCUUGUGCGACAGUCGAUCCGUGGACACUCUUCAGUGACGAUCGAGGAUUUGCUGCGCCGCUGGCCACCAGAGCCCGACGAGCCAGGCACCUCUGUGCUGCGACCGCCGGAAUCGAUGCCCACGUGGUUAGUGAAUGGGGAAGAGUGGUCUUACGGUGCGACAGAGACGCAGGAGGAGCCGGGUGUCAAUCAGAACCGGCCCAAGAUGCACCCAGACCACCACUACAGGCAAACUGUGGUGAUGCCCUGCACACAUCUCUCGGCCGUGCAAAUCAAGGAGAUGACGGAGCAGCUCUCAAGGGAGUAUCCGGGCCCUGCCUACGACUUGCUGCGAAGGAAUUGUUGUCACUUUGCCGACGACUUUUGCCAGCGCCUUGGUGUGGGCCGUAUCCCUUCUUGGGUCUACAGGCUCGCCCGCAUCGCAGCCAGAAUUGAGAACUUUCUGCAGGCCGCGCAGCGAAUUCGAACUCCAUGCUAG